AUGACAAAAAUAAAAUUAAUAAGUGAUAUUUAUAUAGACAGAGAUAACUAUGAUAGUGUUAUCAAAUUGUUUGAAACUGAUCAAGAUGAAUGUGCAGAAUCAAUAAUUUUGUUAGCAGGCAAUGUUGGUGUGGUGGAGAAGGAUGCAGAUGGUACAACACCUAUCUACCGAUUGCUAAAGUAUUUAUCAUCGAAAUACCGUCUUACUUUCUUGGUGGCAGGUGUCUAUGAGUACUCUGGUGGUAUGACAUUCGAACAGACCAACAGACAAUUGGAUAGGUGGUGUCAGUCAAUCGAUUCAUCCAAUGUACACUUUCUAAACAACAGCGAUUACAACCUGAGUGAACAUAAUAUCAAUGGUAAUGGCAAUGGUAAUGACAAGUGGGUGAUCAUCGGUAGCACUAUGUGGCCUUUUAUUCCACCUGUUUUCGAUAUACCACCAAACUUUAAAUUCGACUAUGAAUCGAUCAAAGGCGACAACGACAGACCGGCAUCAUCAAUGAGAGAUCAAAACAACUGGAAUAAGAACGAUGUCAAACAACUAAAGACAUUGAUACAAUCAUAUUCAUUCACUGGUGAAAACAUUAUUGUACUAUCUCAUUUUGCACCUACUUCAAAUAACUCUGUAUUCAAUGAUACCAAUAUAUCUAAACUUAAAAAAUCGAUAUCAUGGUGUAAAUGUGAAUUGGAAACAUUGGUAGAUGCUAAUUCAAAUCUAUCAUAUUGGUGCUAUGCUAAUACAAAUAAUAAUUUAAUGAGUGGAGACGGUGCAGUUACAAAGAUACAACAAAUGUCACUAUUGACAAAUCAAGCAUAUAUAAAGAAUGAUAUAAAGAAAUUGUUGGAUAGAUUCGAUAGCAAGUUACUUUCAAUCGAUAUUAAAGGUUUACAAUUAGACAAGUUAGAAGAAAGUGAUGAUAGUACUGAUAUUCCUACUACUUCUAGUUCUGAAUCGACAUCAUCUAUAUCUAGUUCAACGACUCCAACAACAGCAACAACAGAGACAACAACAACAACAACAGUGAAUAAUCAAAGUGUACUUAAUAUAAAGAAUAUAAGUGAAAGAUAUCAAGAAAAAGAACAACAAAACAAGCAAUUACUAGAGUCAAUUAAAUCAGUGUUUAAAGAAGAUGAGAGCGGUGGUAAAUCAACAGAUAAGUUAAUUGAGGCAUUACUAAAGAGUAGUGGUGGAGGUGUUGGUGGUUCAUCAAUGAAUAAAGAUGAAGAAGAAGAUCAAGACAGUCAAAAGAAAAGAAAAUUCUUUAAUCUUGAUAACAAGACAAAAGAAGUAAAUAGUAAUAGUACUAAACAAUCUUUUGAUAUUAACGAUAAUGGUAAUAAUAGUAAUAAUAAGGAAAAAGAGAUAGUAUAUGAUGAUACAGAUGAAUUAGAAAGUUUCUUAAAAAGUAAAGAUAGUUCAACUAAAAAUAACAAAAUUAAUAGUAAUAGUAAUAGUAAUAAUAAUAAAGAUAACAAAACAAUAAAGAAAUUUAGAUUUUAA